ACUUCCGCCGCGGUCCCGCCCCCCAGCGUGGCCGUAACCCAGGGCAACGGCCCAGCACGCAGCGACCUGAGUCGCCCUCGCCCACGGGCCAGGGCUAGCUGUCGCGAGGCCUUCCAUCCGCUUGGCCCCACAGCAAGAAGAUGUUAAAAACUUUAAGCAACCAUCGCAGUAAUGGAUCUCUGUCAGAAAAAUGAGACUGACUUAGAAAAUGGUGAAAAUAAUGAAAUUCAAUGCACAGAAGAAACAGAACCAACCUGUACUUGUCCAGAUGGAAGAAGUGAAAAGAAUCAUGUUUAUUGUCUUCUCGAUAUCAGUGACAUUACGCUUGAACAAGAUGAAAAAGCCGAAGAGUUUAUUAUUGGAACGGGAUGGGAAGAGGCAGUCCAAGGGUGGGGAAGGAUUUCUCCAGCUGCCUGCAUCUGGCCGAGGAAGUUACCAAAAAAGGCGAGGGUAGGGGAAGGUGCCUGCAGCGACUGCUUGGUGUGUGUUAACCUGUCCCACGGGAGCCUCGAGACCAAGCCUCCUACAGAGGGGGGCCCAGAGAAGGAUCAGAGCAGCCCCUCCCAGACUCAGGCAGCCCCCCAGGGCCCCAGCGCUGCUUCCAGGGCGAUUAGCAACAUCUGCUUUCCCACCUACUUUCGAACAGAGAAAAAAAGUCUGCAAAUCAAGGAUUUUAUUUGGUGCACCGAAGACUGGGCCAUCCCGGACACUAGUAGGGGCAAGGCCCUUCGGAACCCCAGUGGAGGGGUCCACAGAGGGCUGUCCAUCCCAGGCCCCCUGACUUCCAGGGCCCUCCUCGUUCUGCCACCCCUGAAGGCUUCACUUUCAAAUGCCUUGGAUGUUCUGGGUAAGAAGAGUAAGAACUCUUUCUUGCAGUCAGAAGAGAAGGUGCUGAGUGUGGAAAAGGAUGGGUGUCUGGCUUGUGCAUAUGGCUUGAAAACAGCAGAUGGGAAAGGUGAAAAGAGACCCAGUGAGCUGGCCAAACACACUGUGGUCAACGACACGCCAUCCUCCCCUUCCCCAGCGGCCCGGACAUCACUGCUGGCCGAUCCGGAGCAGCGCUGCCUGCAUUGGUCCCUCCUGUCUGAGAAAAACCUGGCGUGCCCUUCAGACUCCAGUAACGUUCGCUAUCUUGCUGCCUUGCAGCUUCUGCAGAAACGGGGAGUGCAAAACUACAAAUCCAAAUUCCAAGCCAAGGAUCCAAGACCUCCUGUGAUCACCCAAAAGGCCAAGCAGGAAAACAGGCCCCAGAUGCUGGAGACCAAAGUGUUCCCGAGACCUUUCCUGCCGUCCCUCACCCACAGGAAAAAGAAGAUAAAGUAGGAGAGGGGUCAGUUUCACAUUCAGUCCUAAGCAGCAACAUGGUUGAGAUGUAAUCAUAAAAGCAAAUGUUUCACCCAGGACAUGGAAAAGCGGUGGAUCGCCAGAAAGCAAAGAGUCAAACGCUGUAAGCAGAAGCAGUAAGAAGACGCCAAGCUUGGAGCAAGGUCUUAUUUAAACCUGCCAUAGUCAUCAGCUCGCUCUGUUAGGUCUCCCCAGCCCGCCCCUCAAAAAAAGGUUAUAUGCAGAGGUAAUAUAUGUACUUUUGAGAAUAACAAAGUCACCGUGGAGAUAAUUUCAAAACAAUUUUUUUUUCAUUUUCAGAUAUAUUGGACUAUUUCACUGAUGCUAAAAAGAGUAUCACUUGUUUAAAUUUUUUGUGGUUUCUUUUUUGCAGCCUAAUGUUCUGUAAUAGUAACUUGCUUCCAAGUAAAGUAUCAAAAGCUAAUGGAGGGGCCAUGGCUGUGGUCCCUCAUAGGUCAAACUUCACUAUUUUGGAAUGCGUGGAGUUGGAACCAAGUUUUUAUUUUGUUAUUUAUUAGUAAAGCAAUAAAUAAAAUUAUCUUACUAAUAA